AUGGAGAAAGUUGAAGAAGCUAAACAGUCUGUAAUAAUUCCGAACAAUGUUGAAAGAACUUUUUAUGAAAUUACUAUUGAAGAUAUCAAGAAAAGAAUUGAAAGGUUGGAGACUCGUAAUGAACAACUAAUAGAAAUUCAGGAGCAAGUUAAAAAUGACUCAACUUCAACCGAUGUUAAUACGACAAAUGAAAUAGCACAGCUCAACAGGGAUUUGUCAGUUGAAUUGAAUAAAAUAGCAAAUGCGCAAAAAGCUAUUGAUUUAUUAAAUAAUCAGCGACAUGAAGAACAGAAUAGACAUGACAGUAAAGUUAAUUUUAUCAAACAGAUGCAUGAUAACACGCGAAAGGAACUUUUGUGCCAGAUAAAAAUCUCAAAUGCUAAAAUAAACGCCUUGGAAGAUUUUCAUAAUAAUGAAGAGUGUAUCAGAGAAAAAAUGAGAAAAAACGAUGAUUUUUUAGUGGAAAAAGAAGAAAAGCUAAAAGCGAAAUUUAAUCAACUUGAUAUUGCAUUUAAAAUAUUUCGUGCUAAAUUGAUGGACGAUUUGAAGAUAAAAAUCUUCAAGCUGUCCGAGUCAUUAGCGAGUGAUAAUUUAAAAAAAAUUCCUCAUUCAAUUAAUAAAUUGUUCCAUGAAAAUGCUGCAAUUCGCGAUGAACUAGAUCUAAUGAAAAUUUACAUAUCUAAUAAGAAAAACUCAAGUUUGAUUACAAAAAGUCAAGAAAUUUCUAUUCUCAAUAGCAAACAGGAUAUAGUUAAUCAUUUGUCUGCUUUAAAAUCACAAAAAAGACUGAUUGAAAAAUUUUUAGAAAAUUCGGAAACAGUUAUACCUAUUUCUGAUAAAAUUCUUAGCGACUACGAUGCUCAAGUAGUUAAAUUACAGACUGGAGAGACCGAUUCCGAGGAAAAAUUAGCGCAACUAAAGUAUUCGCUAUGUUUUAAAACCUUUCAGCUCACAGAAGCACAAAAAUUACACAAUAAAGUUUGUUCGAACAUUAAAAAAUAUUCUGACACGCUGUAUGAUAUGAAAUAUGCCGUAGCAUGUGCUCUUGAGAUUGAAAAUACUGCGCCAGAAAUUUCUUCUUUAAAAGUAACCCAAUUUAUCAAACACUUAUACAAUUUAUCUAAAUAA